GCGUGGAGAUUAGGUUUGGAAUUGGGUUUGGGAUCGGGAUUGUAGUGCAGCAGGUCGUCUACUUGCUUGUCUAAGUAUGUAUAGCCGUUGGUUUUUUACUCUCUAAACAAACACCCAUCUACUUCAUUUUCAUGAUUUCCUCUGGAUACAAUGCAAAUCAGCAGUACUGCUACCAGUAACAGUAACAGUAACAGUAACAGUGGUAGGGUUCCUCCUCCGCCGGUGGAGCAGCAGCAGCAUCGGAAUCAUUACAAUUCAUUCACCGCUCAUCUCAACAACAACAAUUCUCUCCGUUCCGAAUCCGAUGAUCCUCCUCCUGCUGAUCCCCUCCAUGAUUCUUAUCCUACCAUUUCUUUACCUCUUCUUGCUCUUCAACAACAAGAUCAACAACAGCAAGACGAUGACGAUGAAGAUCAUUCCACCACCACCACCACUGCUACUCCUCCCUUUCAUCACCAUCGCCAUCUAAUGUUGACCCUCCACGAUGUAUCUCCUAUUGAGUCUGCAAGAGCUAGAUUUUUGCAGAUGAUUGUCGAUCACUUCAUUACUGAUCAUCUCAUCCAAGUACCAUCUGACAUUCCUAUUGCUAAUACUAACACUGAUCAUCAUCAUCAUAAAUUUAACAAGAGGAAACCAGGGGGAGAUCUCCAAUAUGAGGGUGACCCCACAUUUGCACUUCCCUUAAUGUAUGUUGCAAAUAUGUAUGAAACACUUGUCAAUGAUGUCAAUCUGCGAUUGGCUUCCUUGAAUGGUAUCCGUGAUAAGACCAUUGGCGUUGCCCUUGAAGCUGCUGGUGGUUUGUAUAGAAAAUUGGCCAACAAAUAUCCUAAAAAAGGUUCUUGUGUCUACAAAAGGAGAGAAUUGGCUACUUCUGUUGAGACAAGGACUAGAUUCCCAGAACUCGUAAUACAAGAAGAGAAGCGAGUACGUUUUGUGGUGGUCAAUGGUCUUGAUAUAGUAGAGAACCCUAAAAAUAUGUCCAUUGAGGAUGCUGAAUGGUUUCAACGACUGACAGGGCGCGGUGAGGUUGCCGUCUCUGUUCAAGACUAUAAGUUCUACUCACCGAGGCACAAGUAUAGGCGUGCUCUCUCCAACAUGCCUGGUUUGGCAACACUUCCCGCAGAUAGUCCUUCUUCAAUGGCUAGUGCUCAGGGUUUUCGAUCUCCGCAAAAUGAACAGUCACCUCCAACAAAGCAUCAUGUAGAUUCAUUGUCACAUCAACUGCAGUUUCAUCCCAUCCACCAGAACAACCAUCAUCAAGUUCACCCAAGUCAACAUUCUACCCAGUUUUCUCAAAAUCAUCAAUGUGGACCAAAUUCACACUUGCCCGAGAUUUCCCAUGCUAAUCAGUCUCCUAGCAUAUCCCAACACAUGGCUUAUUUACAACUACAACCCCUCACAGGAGGUCAUGUUGGAGGGCGCUUGCACUUAAUGCCUGCAAGCCCGGCGAAAUUUUGCGAUGAAUGUGGUGCGCCAUAUCUAAGAGAAACCUCCAAGUUCUGCUCAGAAUGUGGUACAAAGAGGUUAGGUAUUUGAAACUAUCUUAAACUGUCCAGUGAAGUUCCCCAAAUGUAUAUAUAUUUUCUGUGUUUCAUACUUAUCAUUUGCAAAUCUUGGAGAGGGAAGUAGAUUUUGGCAUUUCAGGAAUUAGAAUUGUUUCUUGCUAAUUUAUUCAUGGCCCUCUUUGGAUCCUUUCCAAGAGAUUAGAUUAGAUGGAUAUUUUUCCUUGGUUAGAAUGCUCAUCUAGUUCGGAUGUAUCACACUCAACUAUUAGAUUAAUGAGAAAGAUGGAGUUAGAACUUAGAA